AUGCCCGAGGCUCAUCACCAUCACAUCAAAUCUAGGAUUAUCACAAGUGACUGCCUGGCCUCAGACGCCAAGGGCCUCAAAGUACGUGCAUCAGAGGAAGUCACUCACGACAUCCGUAACCCGAACAACACAAAGACCUCAUUACUUCCGUGUGGAGAAGAGCUAUGUGUUUAUCCACCGGACAGGAACACAGCCGGAAAAUACGGACCGAGCAUCGAGGUGGCGGGCUGGGACGGGGUGGGGCCGCUCCAGGUCCACGACGGGAAGCAGCUCGAAGCACUCUGCGUGGCCAGGGGUGCCAACCCUCCCGUCGACCUCGCGUGGUACUUCAACGGGAGCAAGGCCCCGAGCGAGCUGGUGCGAGCCCAGUCCCGCCGGUGGGAGGGCCUCAGCAACACCUACACCUCCACCCUCCGCCUCGUCUUCUCCGCCGACGAGCUGUGGGACGAGCAAGGGCGCCUCGACCUCAAGUGCAUGGCCUUCAUUCCGGGGAUUUUCAACGAGUCGGCGUCUUUGGUGCUGCAUAACCCGGUCCUCCGCCAGACGAAGCUGUCGGGUCUCUUCGCUGACGGAUGCAGGUUGACGGCGUCGUCCUGCGCGCUGGCGGUCUGCUUCCUGUCGGCUGUCCUGCUCCAGUACCUCCCGCAGGCUCCUCUAGGCUUAUAACGUAGGCGUGUGUUUGUGUCGCGCCUGGAUGAGCCGCGUGGGGCGGUCUCAGAAGGGCGGAGGUGACUGCCUGCCCAUCCGCCUGUCUGCCUGCCCGCCUGCCUGAGCCCUACCCUUCCCGAAGCCUUAACAACAACAGCAGUUCUCGCCUCCACCUCCUGAAGCCUCUGGAGUGAUGGCUUCCCCGCACAGACUCCUCGACACGGAAAACCCAGAGCCAAAAAACACAAAAAAAAAAAAAAAAAAAAAAAAAAAAAAAACAAUGAUCUUCGCACGUAAUGUAGUGUUUCACAGACUCUUUUUUUGUAAUUUUAUAGAGUGAAGCCUACCUCUAUCCUGUUCUGAAGUGCGGCAUGUACACGAUAAUGGUCAUGUCUAUAUUAUGUGACAGAUCUACGAGACAUUUUGUGCCAUGGCGAUAUCAAGCACUCAUCGUCACCAAGAUUUGUUCUCGAGCGUUAGGUGUCAUAUUCCUGUGCACUGUGUCGUUCAUUUUACAGAUGCGGAGUCAUGGAUGUCUCUAGAGCUGUGUUAAGGCAAUCUUCUUAUGGAUAUUACACAGCAGGGCUAUGUGAAUGAUGGCUUGGCGUUAGAAUGACACAUUCGUAGAUAUCUGUCAUGAAAAACUUACGGCUGUCUCAACGGAGAAUGCGUCAAGUUCCUAAUUACACUCAUACACA